CCAGAGUAUUCGCAGAAGACUCUUGUUACAGUUAUUUAGUUGAUAUUGAGGCAACAUGAAGUUGCUGUUUCUCCUACUGUCGAUCCCUUUGAUCGCGGCUUCCAGCUCCUUUCAGUGCGGUGUUCCCAAGGUCAGGAUCAACGAGGUGAUCGUACGGGGUCGUGACGUCACACCCGGAAGCUUUCCAUGGCAUGCCGCAAUCUACCACCGGAAAGGUCGUUCCGACAGCUAUGCCUGCGGCGGGACACUCAUCAGCUCAAUGUACGUACUGACCGCGGAUCACUGCGUCAAAGAUGAUAACGGGUACGUGCUGUCGCCGAAGAGGAUCUUCGCCCGGUUGGGAGUCCACAACCUGAACGCACCGAAUCUGCAGACUUCACAGCAUCACGACAUCUUGAUGAUUCAUCGGUUUACCAAGCCUCAGCAGAAGAAGAAUGAUAUCGCCCUGUUGGAGCUGAGUACGGAAGCUGCGUUUAAUCAGCACGUUCAACCGGCCUGUAUCAACCAGGAGGAGGACGUCACCGGUCAGUCUGGAGUGGCCGUCGGAUGGGGCUUCACUGAAGACGAUGAUGUGUCAGCCACGUUGAAGGCGGCUCGGAUGCCGGUGGUCAGUACGACAACCUGUUUGGAGCACGAUCGUGACACUUUUGGGCAAACCCUGGAUAGUAGCUUGUUCUGCGCUGGGUACACCAACGGAACUACCGUCUGUAAUGGAGACAGUGGCGGUGGACUGCACGUGAAGCGCGGAGAUGCAUGGUAUGUCGUUGGGAUCAUUUCGUUUACGGCACCGCGGGAGGACCAAAGUUUGCUCUGCAAAAAGGACAGCUAUGCAGCGUUCACCAACGUGGCCACCCUCGUCCCGUGGAUCCGGAACGUAACGGAACUGCUUUCGCUGGCGGAACAGGGUAGCGUUACCGUCCGAGACGGACAGGACCCGGAACCAACACGUCGCUAUCCGAACUACCUUCCUCGGACUUGUGGCAACUUUGUGGUGUCUCGCAUCAUCGGUGGUACACCCGCAAAUCUGUUCGAGUUCCCCUGGAUGGCUCUGUUGGCGUACAGGCCAGAGCACUCAGAUAGUACGGAGUAUAACUGUGGAGGAUCGUUGAUCAACAAACGUUACGUUUUGACGGCCAGUAAUUGCGUUUAUCCAAAGACUCCGUUUCAGGUUCGACUGGGUGAACACGAUCUUAGCAGUUCCAGGGAUUGCAACCCGAACGAUGCCAGCGAGUGUGCCCCUCCAGUUCAGGAUGUGGCCAUCGAUUACAUCGUUCGACAUCAGCGGCAAGAUAGACGGACAAAGAAUAACAACAUCGCAUUGAUUCGGCUUGCUCGGGAAGUUUCGUUUGAUGAUCACAUCCAGCCCAUCUGCCUUCCCGUGACUCCAGCACUCAGACAGCAAAAACUCCAGCGAUACAUCGUGACCGGAUUUGGUCGCACGGAAUUAUUUGGCGACAUAUCCAAUAUUCUUUUGAAGGCUACGCUUCCGGCAGUGUCCCAUGCCGAUUGCCAGCAAGAGUACGCCAAGUUUGGGGUAAUGCUCGACGAGAGUCACUUGUGCGCUGGAAGUGCCCAAGACGGGCAUGAUACUUGCCAAGGAGACAGCGGCGGUCCGCUGGGCUAUCCGGUUCGGUACAGCGGAGUUCGGUUCGUGCAGUUUGGAGUGACGUCGUUUGGACGAGGGUGUGGCAUCGGAGCGUCCGUGUAUACCGACGUGGCGAACCUGAUGGACUGGAUUCUGGCCAAUAUGCAGGCGUGAUAAAUAAUAAAGUUACAGAAUCGUAAACGGAGUCAACUUUAA